AAAAGAGUGAAAAGAAAACGAGAGCGGGAGUACAAACAGCUGUCAUCACAAAACGACGAUGGCAUAUUUUCGCGAUCGUAAUUGGAUUGCGAUGUAGUUAUUUUUUGUAAAUUGCAACAUCAAAUAAUGAUUUUAGUGUUUUACGCAUAAUUCAGCGUCGAAAAACGCAAUUAAUAACCCGCAGUGAACGGAUGUAAAUCUGUACCAAACUUCCGCAGUUCUCGUAUGAUUGACACUGAGCAAUAAUUAAGGGCGUUGCAUGCUAUUUAUCGCGAUUUACAAUUUUGCGUUUUAUUAGCGACAAAGAAAGAAAACUGAUAAUUUUCUGCCGGGUAUUUUCUCGUGCUUUCGUAGCAGAAAAAAGGAAGCGCAGAAACAGCAACUCAGAGCAUUUUCGUCUUUAAUCAGAGUGAAUAUUUCUAUUUUCGAAAAAGUUUAGUACAUACUGAUUGCGCGCUCUCACACAUCGCUGAUUUGUUACUCUUGGCUCUUUUUGCAAUCUGGCCUUUGAUCCGAUCGUACACUCUAUUGAGUGCGCGAUUUGCUUGCUAGCACUGGGGAAAAAACACUUGAAGCAUCUUCGAAGAUUUUCCUUUGCGUAAUUUCUGAGCUCAAGAGUCACUAAGUCUGCUAGCCUCGAUAGUAGGAUCUUCUGAGAGCUCAUAAAGUCCGCUGCUCUGAUUGUGUUUGGUAAACAAAGCGGCUUCCUUGUUUUCACAUUAAGCAUCUACGAAGGGAAGAAAGCGGCUUUCCGAACAAACAAAAAACUAGUUUAUGUGGUGCCCCUUCCGGUAAGGUUGUGUGGUAUGGAAGACGAGCUGGAAGAUAAGAUUCUCUAUCAGACGUUUUUCAAAUCGCACAUGAAGCUGUUGUCCAAGUUCGCAGUCGGCGUUUCGCCGUUCAACAGUUCGGUGGGUUACGUCUGGAAGGUGAUGCGAGUGUAUCUGCUCAAGCCGGAGAUUCUGAUUGCCGGGCUGUUGAUUUUCGUGUUCGUCCUUUACCUUCAAGCGAGCGAGGUAUGGAGCCGAGGGUUCAUCGGGAGGAUCAGCAGCAGCAUUGGGCUGACCAAGGGGACCCGGGCCGGUAAGCUCGCUCUGCUUGCGUCCGCCGCCGAAAAGCACAGCUGGGAGGAGAAGGCCGGAUCCAGUGCGGUGUACGCUGUCCAAGGUCGGCGACCACGCAUGGAGGAUAGAUUUGUAAUCGACGAGAACCUCAACAACACCGGCAUAUCAUUGUACGCAAUAUUCGACGGACAUGGUGGAGAAUUCGCAGCUGAAUACGCCAAAGCGGUACUGGUGAAAAAUCUCAACCUUAAGUUAACCCAGUCCUGCACUCUUGCUUCGGGAAAGCCCGCAGAGGACAAGGCAGAUAUUAAAGCUGAAGAUUGCAUCAAAGCGGGAGACAGCGACGGUGAGAUCAACGAACGGCAUAAGGUGAAUUCGGGGCCAGCAGGAGCAGCGCCCGUGUCCAGCAGUAAUGCGGGUUCCUCACUGACGCAACGAAGACAGAGCUUUCGUAAAUCCAAGACUGAAGAUGUUAUCGACAAAUCCAACGGUAGCAACAGUAAUUCUAAUGGAAAUGCCAACAACAAUCCGAAUAAUGCGAAUCAAAAACUGGAAACCGACUUACUAAACAAAUACAUGGGUAAUGCGUCCCCGGCAAGGCAGAUUACUAAAGAAAGUUUACUGAGCGGGACCAGUGGACAGCAGACCAACCAGAAACCUAAAACGUACGAAGCGAAAUGUUACGUUUCCAACGGAAGCAUUAAUUAUGGAAAAAUAAUUACCGAUGAGGUGCUAGCCGCGGACUACGAUCUGGUAGAGAUGGCGAAACGAGUGUCGAACUUCGCCGGCACGACGGCGCUAAUAGCUGUAAUGCAUAACACCAAGUUGAUUGUAGCAAAUGUCGGUGAUUCCCGGGGGGUCAUGUGUGAUUUGAAAGGCAACGCAAUUCCAUUAUCGUUCGAUCAUAAACCCCAGCAAGUGAGGGAACAGAAACGGAUUGCUGACGCCGGAGGUUUCAUUUCGUUCAAAGGCGUCUGGAGAGUCGCGGGUAUUUUGGCCACAUCGCGAGCGCUGGGUGAUUUUCCUCUGAAGGAAAAAAAUCUUGUAAUAGCCGAACCGGAUAUACUAUCUUUCGAUUUGGUCUAUCAUCGACCAAUGUUCCUUAUCCUGGCCAGCGAUGGGUUAUGGGAUACGUUUAGCAACGAGGAAGCGGUUGCUUUCAUCCGAGAUCGUCUAGACGAGCCGCAUUUUGGCGCCAAAAGCAUCACACUACAAUCGUACAACCGCGGUUCUGUGGACAAUAUAACGGUGCUCGUGAUCGUGUUUAAAAAUGGACGAUAUGAAAUUGGUUCCUCCAACGGGAACUGAGACGCUUGAAGCAACCGAAGGAAACGAUAAAAUCUAACAAAGAUUGACUAUCAAUAGUCGCAUAUCAGUCACUUGUUAAUUAUAAGAAAAGUGAAAAACUUCUUUGUUGUAGGCAACGAUUUCUAAGCUUAGCGUAACAUGUUUUAUUAAGACGUAAAAAAAUGUUUCGUAUGCUAAGUCAAAAUGAUUUUAAAGCAAUUUUACCUAAAUUCUGUUGAAAAAAAGUUUUUAAACGCUUCUGUAGCAUAAAAAAACAGUUCAUACCUUAUUUUCGCGCGAGUCUGGCAUGCGAUUAUAGGCUGUCGAUCCUUAUCAAAAAACCAAUAACGAAUGAUCGUGAUUAGAUUUCACUUAGCUUUUGAAAACCACCUAAAUUUUAGUUAGCAGAUAAAUUUUUUUAACCUUAGUAGUAGAGUUUUCUUGACAACGUGUGCUGUGCUCUAGAGGACUUGUACGAUCUCCCAAAUGCCCCUGUUCCGGACCGGGAUGAAAGUGAUCAAAACGAUGACGAACUACUGCUUAAAACGAUAGUUUGCCGAUGGCUUUUAUUGUGUUUUUGUUUCAUCCAUAGUUUAUAAGGUGUUAGCGUCAGCUAGUUUUAUUCUUUUACACCUGUAAGACAUUUUAGGAAGCGUUAGUUUUAAAUUCCUAUGUAUAACCCCAACCCAAUGAUGAUACACUUAACGUUCUGUAUUGAGUAUGUUUUGUUUUGAACAUGAUUGUGAGUUUGAGCUAUUUUAAGCAGAAUAUUGAUCGAACAAAUUCCACAAAUUUCUAACUUUUCUAAAAAAACUGAUGUUAUCGGAUUGUGCCUAAAAGAAACAUACCAGCAAGUGGAAAACAAUAUUGAUGACUGAGGUGCCAAACGUGUGCUGAGUAAAUUGAACUAGAAAUGGAUCAACUAUCGUGAACUAUAAGAUAGUGGAAAAAUCAGAAAUUUUACUUUUCAACAAUUUAUAGAAAUGCAAAUACAGGUAGCUAAUUUUCAAUCAAAAUGUUUUAUAUAAUUAUCGAAAAUUGUUUUAGAAUGCACCGAAUUGGUUACUUUCGAUCUAGCACGAUGUAAAAUACCGCUUCAUUUAUGAUCACAGUGAAAUAUUGAACAAUUCUUUUGUAACUGAAACUCACAAAAAAAGAAUUACAUAAUCUGAAUAAAAACCAACUUUCUUUUGAUUUUUCUUCAUA